UCUUCUCAUAGUCUUGGUAGUUCCAUGUGAUGGACAUUUGACAUCUGGAGUUUUCUUCGCAGAAGGCAGCUUUUUAGUGAAAAAAUGCUGAAGUUCACCGAGAAAAAAAUGAGUUACAGAAUAAGUAUCAACCUCCCGGUCAGGAAAUGUUGUCUUCAUCAGCUAGAUUUCCCCACAUGUACAUGAGACUUUGCUGUCUUUACCGUCACUCAUGGCAGAGAUGCCCCAAGUAUGGGAUUCUUCACCUGAGGACAGAUAGAUUUGCACUGUUGAAGUGAAUUUGUACCUGAACUUUUAAAGAGGCACUUUAUGAGAAGCCCUCUGUCUGAGUUGUUUUCCCAUUUCUUUAAGUAUAUACCACCAACAGGGGGAGCGGUAGGAAUUGGGAAGUCUGGAAAUGGCCUGGCUCAAUUUGACAUUAAGUAUGACACCGUUCCUAUUCAGUCCAGCGUGGUGUUAUGUUCCUGCCCAUCCCCAUCAAUGGUGAGGACCCAGACUGAGUCCAGCACGGCCCCUGGCGUUCCCAGCGGUGGUAGCAGGCAGGGCCCCACCAUGGACAGCACCGCAGCUGAAUCCCGGCCCAGUGCCAACACGCUACAACACACCACACAACCGCCACCACAGCCUCGGAAGAAACGGCCAGAAGACUUUAAAUUUGGGAAAAUUCUUGGUGAAGGCUCUUUUUCAACAGUUGUCCUGGCCCGAGAACUGGCAACCUCAAGGGAAUAUGCCAUUAAAAUUCUAGAGAAACGUCACAUUAUCAAAGAGAACAAGGUCCCGUAUGUAACCCGAGAGAGAGACGUGAUGUCACGGCUGGAUCACCCCUUCUUUGUUAAACUUUACUUCACGUUUCAGGAUGAUGAAAAGCUGUAUUUUGGCCUUAGUUAUGCCAAAAAUGGAGAACUUCUUAAAUACAUUCGCAAAAUUGGUUCAUUCGAUGAGACAUGCACGCGAUUUUACACAGCCGAGAUGGUGUCCGCCCUAGAGUACUUGCAUGGCAAGGGCAUCAUUCACAGGGACCUGAAACCAGAGAACAUUUUGUUAAAUGAAGAUAUGCACAUCCAGAUUACAGAUUUUGGAACAGCAAAAGUAUUAUCCCCAGAGAGUAAACAAGCCAGGGCCAACUCGUUUGUAGGAACAGCCCAGUAUGUUUCUCCAGAGCUGCUCACAGAGAAAUCGGCCUGUAAAAGUUCAGACCUUUGGGCUCUUGGAUGCAUUAUAUACCAGCUCGUGGCAGGCCUACCACCAUUCCGAGCCGGAAAUGAAUAUCUAAUAUUUCAGAAGAUCAUUAAGUUGGAAUAUGACUUUCCUGAAAAAUUCUUUCCUAAGGCAAGAGACCUUGUGGAAAAACUGCUGGUUUUAGAUGCUACAAAGCGAUUAGGCUGUGAAGAAAUGGAAGGGUACAGCCCUCUGAAAGCUCAUCCGUUCUUCGAGUCCAUCACAUGGGAGAAUCUGCAUCACCAGACGCCUCCGAAGCUCACAGCUUACUUGCCAGCCAUGUCAGAAGACGACGAAGACUGCUAUGGAAACUACGACAAUCUCCUGAGCCAGUUUGGCUGCAUGCAGGUGUCCUCAUCAUCCUCCUCCCACUCCCUGUCAGCUGCGGAUGCAGGGCUUCCACAGAGGGCAGGCAGCAACAUCGAGCAGUAUAUCCACGACCUGGACACUAACUCUUUUGAGCUGGACUUACAGUUUUCUGAAGAUGAGAAGAGGUUGUUAUUGGAGAAGCAGGCCAGUGGAAACCCUUGGCACCAGUUUGUAGAAAAUAAUUUAAUACUAAAAAUGGGUCCAGUAGAUAAGCGAAAGGGUUUAUUUGCACGGCGACGACAGUUACUGCUCACAGAAGGGCCACACUUAUAUUAUGUGGAUCCUGUCAACAAAGUCUUGAAAGGUGAAAUUCCAUGGUCGCAAGAACUCCGACCAGAGGCCAAAAAUUUUAAAACCUUCUUUGUCCACACGCCGAAUAGGACGUAUUACCUGAUGGACCCGAGUGGGAAUGCUCACAAAUGGUGCAAAAAGAUCCAGGAGGUGUGGAGGCACAGAUAUCAGAGCCACCCAGACGCCGCUGUGCAGUGAUGCCCGCGGCUGCUGCACUCGCUGCAGGACAUAUGCCAGCAUGGCUCGCCGCCACCCGGGACGCUUCCAGACCACCUGCCAGCCAUCUCAAGGGGGACGCAGACGGCGGAACCUUGCAGCUUUUUAAUUUAAAAGAAAAGAAGAAAAACAAUACCCACCACACAAAGAACAAAACCAAUAACGAAAAGGAAUUCAGGGUCGCUUUGCUUGCUCUCUGUGCUCUGUGGAGGCUUCCCGCACCCUCCUCGCCAUGGGAACCCAGUGCUGUGCACGUCUGCCUGGUUCCCACCCAGAUUAGUGGACAGACUCGCGUCACCAGCUCUCCAUCGCGUGCCCUGUCAUCUGCCAGUCCUGCUGCGGCUCAGGGGACCAGGCGUGUCUCUGGGCUCUGUCUGCCCCCAGAUUACCGUGGAACUCUUCACCAGGGAGCCAUGCAGGACUCUGCUGGGGUGGCUUCUGAUCUCUGUAGGGCAGGAGGGUCCUUGGCUUUUGUCCGUAUGCUCCUUUCUUCACGUCCCUAGUUGAUGGCCUGAUCCCUGUGGGCCCAUGCUCGCCUCCUCUAGUAGCCCUGGCUGCGAGACGUCUGCAGUUCUUGCUGUCUGUCUGUGAGUGCUCGUGUCUUGUCAGCCAGGCAGGCUCAGGCGGUAAGGAGUAGAACAGGCUGUCCAGGUAAAAUACAGAGCCACUGCCGAGGUGAGGGCCAGUAGAGCGUUCAGAUGUCCAUCCCUCUGAGCGGGUUGCCCCCUGGGGCCAGAAACUGAGUGCCUGCCUGGAAGGAGCACUGUUAGCGCUGGGCCCACUGAGUGCCAAGUGCACCAGGUGAUGGGGCUCCGUGCCUCCCCACCCCGUGUGGGGCCAGGGCAGUGGGGCAGACGGGCCUGGUGGCCCCCGUGUAGGGGAGUGUGAGCUGACAGCCCCUCUGGUUUGAAAGGUGGGGUGUGCAGGGUAAGUUGGCCCUGAGGGUGCCUGGUAUCUGCAGACUGGGCUGUCCUCCCUCACAGCCAGGGGCAUGGAGGAGGGCUGGCUCCCACACACCCUCGUUGUGCCCUAACUCUUGUAGUCUAACUCAGAGCGUUUUCACACAUCCACAGUGAAAAUCUAAAAGCCUUCUUGUGUUGCCAGGUCAUCUGGUCCCCAUCAGAUGGACUUUGCCUGGAAACAAGUGUUAACCUUGCAUGAGGGGCAGAAAUAACCACACUUGAACCCGAGCCCCAGCCGUCUCUCCUCCAGUUGCAGGGUGAUUUCCUUUAGCUUUUUUUGUGGCAGCACCCUGCUCUGUACUAAGGGUGGUCCAGGACUUACUAGUCCUUUGAUUUUCUUUGCUGCUGCUCCCUGGACAGAGAGAACUCCUGUCAGCCUGGCGGGGCUCGGCCAUUCCUCUCCCUGCCCAGGUUCUCCCAGCGGGAAAGGAGCGAGCACUGCCACCCGCAGGCUGCUGCUCACAGACCAGUUUCUGUCCCCAGGGGAGGAGUGACUUUGCCAUUUCCUAUAAUUUUCCCAAAGGCGCCAACAAAAAGCUCCCGCAGAUAAGAUCCCAACUACUUCCCUGCCCUCAUGUCCUAUCUCGAACCAUCCACCACCCUGUGUAACCAGUGGUCCAAACUGAGAGGAAAGAUGUCUUAAGUUGUUUCAGUGAUAAUAGUGGCUCUUAAGUUGGGAAAAACGUGCAGAUGUGGAGAAUUCCACUGUGUUUGGGUAGGGAGAGGAGUUUGGGUGGGAGCAGAGGUGGUAGCCAGGUUGGCCAGUGGUUUCUGCUUGGGCCUUGUUCUCUGCUCUGCGAGAGCUGCACAAGAGCAAGUGUGUGCGUGUGUGCGCUGCGUGUGUCGGGGAUGCCAAGGUGUUGGGGGGCAUGCCUGCCCUUGGGGCGUCCCAGAGCACUGCCCUGGGCAUGUGGUUGUAGAUGGAGGCCCCUCUGUCCUCUCACUUUGGAAAAGCUUUGCCUGUGUUCACCUGCUUUUCAAAAAGUGAGUCUGUCUUGACCCUUUCUUUCAGGACUUUGAUUUCAGGGGUACUCCUGUGUUUAUAUUUCACUCCUGUCAGAGCGUCCGCGUCUGCGCAUGUGCAUUUAGGAGAGUUGGGAGGCCGCUAGUGCACAGCAUCUUUCCUGGGUGUCUGGUUACAGGGAAACAAGCAGACCUGAUGUUGGCUUUAAAAGGAGCGCUCAGCUGGGCUGCUCAGGGAGACACGACUCAUCUGUCGCAUUCUUCCGUCUGGAUCACACCACUACCUCCUGGGCUUAACCGACAAGCUCCAUCUUAACCUCCAAAACCAGAGAAUAAGGGGUUCGAGGUUGAGCUCACAGCUGGCAGAGCUGAAGUGACUGCUCUGCCUGAGCCAGUGACAGCUGAGCCCUUCUCUGUGGGUCACCUUUCUCCACUCACUCAGAAUUCUCUUUCCUUUUUUUUUUUCUUUCUUUCUCUUUUUGGAAGCCCCUGCAUACUCUUACCCUAUGCUUAUUCAUGUCAACUUUAGUUUUAUCCAACUCAUCCUUUGAGCCAUUAUCCUGGCAUGCAGGUGCCUUAUGUUCUAAGAUGUGCACGUAGGUGUCAGUCUAUGCACACACGCAGGCAUACCUAGAAAUAUAUAGAAAUGUGGAUUUGUCCAAGGUAAGAAAGAAAAUGCCCUUUUGUUUAAUAGGUCCAGGAGUAUGUAUCUUACUGAGAGAGGUUAAGGACAGGUGUAAUGCCAAACCCAGCACCUGUCAAGCAGAGAUGGUCCUGCACCAUGUGGCCACUCUUGGCACAGAGGGGAGGGAGGAUGGCCAGGAGGGUCAGGGUCUCUACCGGCUCAGACAGCCCACUGUGCCUUGCCUCUUUGGGAACACGAGGAAGCCAGGUUUGGAUGGGGUGGUUUCCUUCCCUUUCUGUGGACCUGACCUGGGCAGUGCACUUUGGGCAGCCCUGUGUGGAGCAUGAAGCCCCACCCUGUGAGAGGCACCUCUGUGUGCCUGCCACGCUGAACCUUGACUGUGGGGAGGUUUGUCACAGACUUGCUUUGUGAAAGGUGGCUCUUGGGGUCAUGCCGAAGCUGCUGGGAACUGUACCUGCCUCAUCCCCCUUGGGCAGCCCUGUGGUGUUUGUGGCGCGAGCCUGAAGGAAUUGCAGGAGAUGGCCUUUGGCACAGACCCCGAGGACAGGGGGCUCUGGGUGAUUUAGUACUUUAUUAAAACAUUUGUUUCCUGAAAAAAUCAAUUGUAGGCUCAGCACCCAGAAAAGACCACUGUGACCUUCUUGGUGCACAGCCUGCCACCCUUGCCUCCCUGCCCGCACACGUGUUUGCUUUUGUAACUUAAGUGGGAACAUACAACAUAUACCAUUUUGCAUCCAGCUUCUUUCACUUAAUGUCACGUCAUGAACAAAAUUCAAAAACUUUGUUUUUAAUGAUUGUAGAGUGUAAUGGUUAUUUUUUUAUCAUAAUUUAUCUGAUCACUUUACUGCUCUAAAGCAUUUAGAUGGUUUCUGGUUUUUCACUAUUUAAAAACUGCUGUAAUGAAUAUCCUUAUAAGUCUUUGAUUUUUAACUCUGAUCUCCUCCCCUUGCCCUGCCCUGCCCUGUCCAGAUUCCUAGCAGUGGUAUUUUAGGGUCAAAGAGUUUGUUCAUUUUAAAGAUAGUAUAGACUCUCUUCCUCUGUCUUGCUCUGAUGUUCAGAUGCUCAGAGUUCCAGUACAGGACUUCCUUAGCUGUGUCCUACAGAUUCUGAACAAAUCAAUUUCUGGUGAGUUGUGUGUUCCCAAGAAUGUUUGAAUAAGACUGCUCUCUCUCACUCUCUCUCUCUCCUCUCUCUCUCUCUCUCGCUCUCUCUCUCGCUCUCUCUCGCUCUCUCUCGCUCUCGCUCUCUCUUUUUUUUAAAUGCUAAAAUGAUGUUAUUACUGGUGGCCAUUUGUGACAGAUUUUUCCAAAAGCCGAUUUCCUUAUUUUCAUGGAAAGAAUCUGGUUAUGCUUGCAUGUUACCUUCCCAUCCCUGCUGCUGUGGCUUUCAAGUGCUUGGUGAUAUUUUCAGAAUCUACUUUGUGUCCACAAUGGUACUGAAUUUGCAUCUGCACAGUCAGCAGAGAUAAAGUGUUGAACUGACCUUGCCACAUACUUAGUGGAUGAUUUGUAAUUAAGUUUAUAGACUCAGAAAGUACUUUAGGCCAUUUGGAAUCAGUAAAAGAACAAAGACUCUACUUGAACAACCAUGUAGACAGUUGGAUUUUAUAGAAGUGUAUUUGGCCUGCGCUCCCACCUCCCCAAUGUUUUUCAAAUUGAGGGACUCCGGCCAUCUUAGUACAGUAGAGCACACUGGCUAGGUUUUUCCAUUGUAGAAUGUAAUUGCCCUGGCUGAUAAGGAUUUAAGGAUUUCUCUUACCCUCUUGCCCAUAGUGUUGCAGGUUGCCUAGUUAUCUUUAAGUCCAGACAACCCAGAUUUGGUUUCUUUCUUAAUUUUUCCACUUUAGUUUGGGGUCUGUCAGUUCUGAGGGAAAAGAUGCAUGAGAAAUUUUUCUAGGUGCCAUGCUCCAUGCCACUUGAUUAUGCCAGAGAUGAUGGCCAGAUUGUGCAGAAUUAGGUCUUCUCCCCUCCCCUGACACUCCAAGACCCCCUCUCUCCUGGUCAGUCCACAGACUGAGGAUGCUUACUGCCCAGACUGGAGAGGUUGCAGCCACCCUGCGAGCAUGGUGAAGGUACUAUUCUUGGAGAUGUUGCCAUAUGCGUUUUUCCAUAUUGUUUCUUUUCAUAUCCAAACGUAACAUGAACUGAUGGUGACUCAAGUGGGUGUGGUCCUUCCCUCUUAGGCAGCCUACAUGGCAAGUGCCUUAAACCAGGGCAGGAGUCACUCCCAGAGCCUCCAAGGGGUGCAGGCUGCUGGCUCAAGAUUGCAGGGUUGUAAAUCAGGCUGCCUCGAGAACCGGUCUGGGGAGAAAGCUCUUCCAGCAAAGAGCAGUUUUAUCUGUAGCUCAGACAGCCUUGGUGGGCAACUGAACUAGCCUACAUGUAUACCUGAAUUUCCUCCAGAACUCAUUUCUUCGAUAUGAAGAAAUACCAAACUUUAUGUACAGAGAACUUUUACAAAAGGCACACCUUUUUUAGCUGUGUAAUCCACCCUAAUCUAACCCGUCUGGCUGAGUGACUGAAUAGGGGUCAUUUUGCUGGUGAAAAGCCUCUAUCACGAUCGUAAGUACUGAUUGGACAUUGACAAAAUUAAAUUUUUUGCAAUAUUUAGAGCUGCUGUAGCUGUUCCUUAACAACACAAAAUAGGAUGAAUCAAAUAGUACGUUAGCUGUCUUUCAGGUUGGUGGCAGUCAGUUAGAACGUGUAAUAUUCUCUACCUGGUCUGUAGCUGUAACUGUGAUGUACAGGCAAAGCAAAAAUUAAGAAAAAAAACUUAUGAAAACAAAUAAUGCAAUGAUAUUAGGAUAUACACUUUUGUAUUUUUAUUCUUAUAUAAGGUUAUUUGCUGGCUAUUGUUGGCCUCUAGUUCAGUCUGUGUUAUUUAAAAUCUAAUAUAUGAAUUUGGAUUGAAUUCAUGUUCGGGGCCACGUUGUUGUAUGUAUUGAUGUACAGCCUUGAAUGUGAAUAAUUAUUGUAAACUAUAUUUUACAACUUUUUUUCUGGCUUUAUUAUAUAAAUUUUCUAUUUGGUCGAUGAUUUAAUCAUAUCAUAAUUUAAUGAAUCUGUUUAUUCUUUUUUUCAGAUAUUUGUGCUUUAGAUGUAGUUACCGGAUGAUGAAUUUUCCACGUAUGCUCGGUAGUCUUGUAAUAAAAAAGCAUGUAGAGUGUAGACGU